UAUCUCUCUCUUUCUCUCAAAAACUACAUUUGAGAGCCAUGGUUAAGGAAAUAAAAACUGAAGCAAAAGUAAGUGUUGGAAUUGAAGCCUUGUGGAAAGCUUUGGCCAAAGAUGUGGCAUCUGUGACACCAAAAGUCAUCCCAAAUUUGGUCAAGAAUGUCGAAGUGACAGAAGGAGAUGGUGGCAUUGGCACAGUCUUCCUCUUCAAUUUUGGCUCUGAUGUACCAAAGAUGAGUUAUCAGAAGGAAAAGAUUGUGGAGCUUGAUGAGGCUGUGCAUAAAAUUGGGCUGCAAGUCAUAGAAGGAGGACACUUGAACUUUGGGUUUUCUUCAUACAAAACAACCUUCCAACUCACUCCAAUUCAGGAAGAGGAGAGAUUUAUAAUGUUACGUUGUGUUUAG